CGUCCUUCUCGACAUAUUGGCAAGAGGACGAUAUUCGCAGCUGUCAACCUAAGGCCACUUAACAACACAAAAGUCAUAUUAAAGGGAACUAAAACAGCCGAAAAUGCAGGCCAAUAAAGACGCAGAAGGUGGAUGGAGGAAAUUUCUCUGGAAUUCCGAAAAGAAGGAAUUUUUGGGACGUACCGGAUGCAGUUGGUUUAAAAUCUUUAUUUUCUACGUCAUUUUCUAUGGAUGCCUGGCUGGAAUCUUUAUCGGCACUAUUCAGGCCAUGCUGUUGACGCUUAGCAACUACAAGCCCACCUACCAGGACCGGGUCGCUCCCCCAGGCCUGACACACACUCCACGCUCAGAGAAAGCUGAGAUCAGCUACAAACUAUCAGAUUCCAAAUCCUUCGAAUCCUACGUUAAGUCCAUGAACGACCUGCUGGAGUACUACGAAGAUGAGCCUCAAAAAGACAGCUUGGUUUUUGAGGACUGUGGUGAUGUCGCAGAGCAGUACAGAAACCGUGGAGACUUGGAGGAUGAGAGUAUCGGCAAAAGGAUGAGCUGUCGCUUCAAGAGGGCGUGGUUACAAGCCUGCUCCGGCACGAACGAACCCACAUACGGUUUCAGCUCAGGAAACCCCUGUCUGAUCGUCAAGCUUAACCGCAUUGUCAACUACAGACCAAAGGUGAGACCUGCACUGGACGACAUGCUCCCUGCUGAAUUAAAGCCAGCAAAAGCGAACCUGAUUCCAGUCUACUGCAAAACUAAGAGAGAAGAGGAUGUCGACAAAGUCGGAGACAUCAGAUACUACGGCUUUGGUGGUGGCUUCCCCCUGCAAUACUAUCCCUAUUACGGCAAGCUCCUGCAAGAAAAGUACCGGCAACCUCUGGUGGGCAUUCAGUUUCUGAAUGUGACCUUAGAUGAGGAGAUUCGCAUUGAAUGCAGGGCAUAUGGCGAAAACAUCCAUUUAAGCGAGAAGGACCGUUACCAGGGACGAUUUGACCUUAAAAUCACCAUCAACUCAUGACCUCAGCUAUGGAAAUAGCACUUUUUUUCUCUGCCCAUUUCAAUACAACAUAAGAAUUUAGUGCAAAUAAAGAAAAAAGAGAAAGCUGUUCAAUUUAAAGAAAGAAAAAAAAAAAAGAAAAAAAAAAAGAAAAACAACAACACACAUCUAGUCUUGAACAAAUUUUCAUAACAUGCGGGACCUACACUUAAAUCUGUUUUGCUUUCCACUAGCUUUUUUUCUGCAUUUGUCUAGGGUUAGAAUGUAAAUUACAGGAAAGAGUAGUAACGGCAAAGUAUUUAUUCUACUGUAAAUGAGAGACUAUUCCUUGAGCCAUGGGACAUGUUCAUUUAUUACUGUAAAUUCUUAUUCCACUACUGAUGUAGCCAGAAGUGUUUCUGUCCUCUGAGUAGUUCUGCCUAGUGUGGUCUCUAGAUAUUUUAGAGUGUGCAGUGCAGUAGUCGCAUACAAUGGUCCUUUCCAAGCCACGUUGUAAUUUCUGUUGUCUUAUGUCAGUAAGCUUUAGUGGUCCAAGGUGUGUGUGUUUGUGUGUGUGUGUAUUUGUGUACUUAAAAACUGAAAAUACCGGCAUGGUACGCUCUGAUCUCAGUAGGUCCGCCUGUAUGCGAGUAUGUGUGUGUGCGUGCGCGUGUGUCUGUAUGUCUAAGUGGCUGCACUCCGUAAAACCUUGUUUUGUUUUCUUUGUCUUUUUUUUCUUUUCUUUUCUUUACUUUUGUUUUCGUUGAUUGUGGGGGAAAAUACAUUUUUACAUCACUUUUUUUUUCUCUUUGUUUUUCGAUCAUCUUGAUAAUAUGGGAUUUCUGGGGGUUGAAGGCAUUCUCUAUUUGGGUCUUUUAUUUCCUCUGACUUUUAAGUGUAGAUCUGUGUGUGUCCAGUCUGAAGAAGUGACAUACUCUGCCUGUCACCGUGGCAACUGAGUGCUUUUAAACCUUUUUUUUUCUUUUGCUGGAGGCAUCACAUGACGUGGUGUAACUUUCUAAUGAAUGUUUUAGCCAUUUUCAUGGUGGAAGAAUUUUAUAUUUAUGCAGUUGUACAAUUUUUUCUGCAGGAAAAAAAAAGUGUAAUGUAUGAAAUCCAAUACCAAAGUCACUGGUGAACAGUUAGAGUUGUAUCAGAUGCAAUGCAGUACCCCCAUUUACUAGAACAUUUUGUUGGUGUUAAAAGUGCUUAAAAGUCAAUGUAUAAACAUCACAAUACUUGUCAGGAGUUCAUCUACUCUUGUCAUUUUAUUUUAUCCAGAUCUAAACAAAAUAAAUGGACAAACCUA